AUGGCCACAGUUGAUCAAGGGAGCGCCAUACAGGUGACAGCUCCAACACUGGUUCUGCAGUUCCUCCAUUUCGCCGUUCAGAUUGUCGGUCAACUCCAUGAAAUCCAUAGCCUUCACAAUGGUGAACAUCCUGUGGAGGGAUGGGAGACAAGCGGCCUAUACGCCCAGUUGAUUACGCUGAGCGACAGCUUGGCGAAUGAUUGCCUAAAACAGAUUGGACCGCUAUCUGAACAAGAUCAGGCGCUGGAUGACCUCUGCACCACCUGCCACCUCACUCUUCUGGUUAUUUUAUCUCGUUUGAGGUUAAUACAGGAGCUAGGGCCCGAUGCACCCCUACAUGUCUGGGUAUUACAAAGGUUUUGGCCCAGAGAAGACGUGGAAGCAUUAGAAAAACGCAUUAUGUCAAUUAAAUUGAGACUGGAAGAGGCGACUCAGUCAGUGCAAAGCCCAAUAAUCAACAGUGAGGCUCUCCUCUCCUUGGGCAUUACCCAAGACAGGAUAGAGCCCAGAAAUUUCCACACGCAGAACCAAAGACCGGAGGAAAGCGAAAGGUCCUCCAAGUCGAGCAUUGCGACACUUUUCGUCAAAGAUACUGCUAGAGUACAAGACGCAGUGGAGUUUGAGAUUGGUAAAGUUUACUCGAAAGACACACUAUUCACAGACCACGAAAUAACCAUUCAGGACUUUCUGAUGGAAGCCAUAAGAUUUUCAUCGAUGACUGACCGAGAGGAAAGUGUCACUGUCGCACAUAAUAAAACAUUUGACUGGAUAUUCAACUCCGAUGAACCGAUAUCUCUAUUUGAAGGGUGGCAGUCGAAGAAUUCUCUCAGUGAUUGGCUACAAGAUAGAGAGCGUCAAGAAGGUAUCUACUGGAUUAGCGGCAAAGCAGGGUCGGGGAAAUCUACCUUGAUGCGUUUUGUGAUGCACCAUGCCAGAACCAUGAGUCUGCUCCGCUCCUGGGCAAGGAAUGAGCAACUCAUCACCGCCGGUUUUUAUUUCUGGAUUAGCGGUACCGUGGAGCAAAGGUCUCAGACUGGAUUAUUACGCCACCUCCUAGCCCAACUAUUAGACCAGCAUAGAUAUCUCAUCCCAAUGGUCUUUCCAGUGAGGUGGAAACAUCUUUUUUCUCUGAGUACGCGAGAGCGGGUAAAGGCCUCGAUAUCAUGGGAUCUUGUUGAGCUUACAGCUGCACUAAAAUCAUUCCUGAAUUACGCAGGCCGGGGAGGCAAGGUUUGUUUGUUCAUUGAUGGUCUAGACGAAUUCGCAGGCAACCAUCAGCAAAUCGUUGAAUUUUUCAAGGGUUGUGUUGCUGCAUACCCUCACGUCAAAAUCUGUCUAUCUAGUCGACCACUUUCCACUUUUCGUGCGGCUUUUGGGAUGAAUCCUGGCCUUAAGCUCCACGAACUGACCCGAAGAGAUAUGCUUCAAUUUGCCCAUGAUCAUUUACAUGGAGAAUCCUUGAUUAGCAAACUCCUCUCCAAAGAUGAAGAGGCGGGAUCGCAACUCAUCGAGAAAAUUGUUAUGGGGGCAGACGGCGUUUUCCUCUGGGUCAUGCUUGUGGUUCAGUCUCUAAUGCGCCGUGGAAACUAUCAAGAUGUUUGGCAAAUGCAUGAAUAUCUGGGCCAACAUCCUACCGACUUGAGUGAACUAUUCACGUACUUCCUUUUUGAUCCUGCAUCAAAACAUCAAACUUUGAUCGCUUCACGCCAGUUCCAACUCAUUCAGGCAAGACAAGAGGCUUAUCAUGCUACUCGACAAGAAGACGCAACAUCAAUGAACCUUUGGGAAUUUGCCCUUGCCGAUCAAUUCGAGGACAUCAUGAAUCACAUUCCAAAGGAUGUAAAGCAAGCGAGUGAACAGAAGAUCAUUCGUAUAUGCGAAGUGACCAAAAGUCGACUUUCCAGUGAAUGUGCAGGGCUGAUCGUAACUCACACCUCAGGGGUGUCAACAAGCAGACUUCAGCGCAAUACGUCAUCGCUGGCACAGCAACUAGGCUACAGUAAAGUCUCGUUCGUCCAUAGAACAGUGAAGGACUUUCUCUCACUACCUCAUAUUCGAUCCCGCCUCUUGGAACCCAUGGUAGGAUCCACUUUUGAGCCCCAUAUAUCACUUCUCACCUCUAUUAUAUUCCAAUUCAAAUGGCCACUAGAUGAAUUUCAUCCCAACCGACAGAUUGAUGACCGAUGGCCCAACAUACUUCUUGCAUUUACCCAUGCACGAUUGUCUCCAAAUCAUUGGCAGUCACAGCUAGUACUUAUUCCUGAGUUCGACAAAGUUAUGUGUCAGCAUUGGGUGUCCCGCGAGGCGAUUCAACAUGAUCAUUGGGCACAAAGCCUUUUCUCAUCUUACGAGAAACGAAAGAAUUUGAGCUUUCCUAAUGCAUUUCUCUCACUGUCUGCUAAGUUCGGCCUAGCAACCCUGGUACGGAAACGUAUCUGCGAAGAUAACAGCUUAUCGCAAAGUAGUGAUAGCGGGAUACCCCUUCUCAGUCAUUCCAUUGAGCUACUCGCCAGUCGGCGACAAAGCGUGUAUCCUUUAUCCAGUCCAGAAAUAAUCAGUGGAAUUCUCACGAGUGGUGCCAAGCCGAACCACUCUUACCAAGGUCUGAAUGGAAAAGCCCAGACUCCAUGGUUGCUUGUCCUGGAUUAUCUCAGAGAGGCAGAGCGUCGCCAGUGGAUUGGGUACUACGACACCAGUGAAAAUGGGACCUCUCGUCUGUCGGCCAUUAUAUCGCUUUUCAUUCAGCACGGCGCCGACCCGAACGGGCUACUUGCUGAGACCAAAUUCGAUCCAUCAGCUUCUGCCCUGGAAAUCCUUACUGCCAUUUACCUGAAAUAUGCCGCUCCAGAAUUUGGCCGACUUCGCAAGGUGUUGAUUGAACUGGGAGCCCAGGAGCGAGAAGGAAAUGGCCUCUUUUAUCGAACAUAUGGUGAUUAG